AGGAAGCUUCUUUCGUGGUCAAAAGUUAUUCUCUCAUCUCUACCCAACUUCUCGUAGCCGGAAACAGAAGGAGAACGAGAACGACGGGAACCGGAACUAAAAGAAUAUAUGGUAUUAUAUUCUCAUACUCCACAAACAGGACAAGACUACCACCAUUACAACAUAAAGAUAGACUGGGAAAGCUGUCUCUGUUUACUUUGUAAUUUUUCUGCUGAAAGUCAUUAUUAUUACUCUUAGUUCUGUUUGCGUCACUAUGAUAACUGUCCAGAUUUCAAAAGACGGGAAACCUCUCAUUUGGAGUGCUGAGGUUACAGUUUUUCUCUAUGUUUUUGUAGAAUGGAUCAGAUUACGUGAAGAGUAUCGUAUUGUUGGUGGAUUAAUUGGUGUUUUGCCAAACCUUCCCAAUCAAGAAGUGUUAAAUGGGUUGCCCAUGAGUCUUCUCCCAGAAGAAACGACGUUGCUCUUAGAGAAAAAUAUUAUUUGCCUUAAAACAUUCCCUUCUCUGUCUCGGUGCCCUGGUGAAGGAGUAGUAAAAGCAUUUAAACACCAUUGCCGGUCUGUUCAAGUCGAGCAGGCUGAUCAGAUGAAAGAAGAGCGUAAGUCAGCAUUACUGGGCCUUGUGGACAAAAUAGUAGAAGGAAGACGACGAAAACGUCUUGGCUUAGAUACAAAAAAGAAAAGAAAAAAGGGUAAAUCAGCUGAAAACACAGACAAUGAUGCAGAAGAGAAAGAGAAGAUAGUUGAAUUACUCAAACCCAUUGAAGAAAUAGAGCGCAAAACUGUGCUAGAUGAAGAACUUGCCAAGAUUCCUCCAUUGUCAAGAGAAAACACUCUUGUUCAAACUUUCACAACUUAUCCUUGGUUGUCUCCUGAAGAUGCAUGUCCUGUCAAUUGGACAUUCCCUUCAAAUGAGGAGGAAAGAACUAGGUAUCUAACUUUCAAAGAUUUAUGGACAAAAGGUUUCUACAUAACAACAGGCCACAAAUUUGGAGGAGAUUUUCUAGUAUACCCAGGUGAUCCUGUCAAGUUUCACUCUCACUUCAUAGUGGUUUGUGUUUCUUAUACUAACAGCAUGUCUGUCCAUCAGUUGAUUUCCUAUGGCAGAUUGGGAUCCUCUGUAAGAAAGACUGUUGUACUUGCAUCAUUGCCUCAAGAUUCAUCUGAAGUGAAGUUUCAGUCCAUUAAAUGGGCUGGUUCUUCUGCUGUACCUUUUAGUUAAAGAGAUUGCUGACUGUCUCUGUUCUGUUUUUAAGGCUUUGUUCAGUUUAUGAUCAUGGUACAUGGACCAUGGUACAAGAUUAGGUAAUACAUAUGUUAAAUUAAAGUUUUAUUUAUAGAGGAAAA